CAUGGAUUUGACUGUAAAGGAUACAGUUUGGUCGUUACUAAUAGCAUCUACUUUCUAUUGGGUAAAUUUCAUAGCUGUUGGGCAAAGCAGCGUUCAAAAGUGUUUAGCUUUACCGACUUUCAAAGAAAUUAAAAAAGCCUUUUUCAUUUUCGCAAUUGGAUGGGGCUUACUUCUAUUAGGAAGUGUUUACAUCGGUCUACUGAUUUACGCUAAAUACAACAAAUGCGAUCCAAUACUUACUAAGAAGAUUCAAGUUGCAGAUCAGAUAUUGCCUUACUACAUUUUAAAUGUAAUCAACAAAGUGCCUGGUUUGGGUGGACUCUUCAUAGCAAGCAUCUUCAGUGGUGGUAUUAGUACUUUAUCUGCAGCACUGAAUGCACUCUCCUGCACAAUCUACAACGAUUUCAUUGCUGUAUUCAUGCCACUCGACUAUCCACAAGAGAAAGUUGGGAAAAUUUUGAAAUUAACUGUAGUACUCGUUGGUAUAAUCUGCACUGUUCUCGUCUUUAUAAUCGAACAACUUGGAAGUAUCUUACCUUUAGCGAUUUCUUUACCAAGUAUAUCAGCUGGUCCUUUGGUAGGAUUAUUCCUCAUGGGAAUGCUUGUACCAUCGAUAAACUCAAAGGGCGCUUUAUACGGCAGCAUUUUAUCCGUCAUCUUGUUGAUCGUAAUGAUAUUAGGAUCAUUCUAUUACAAGAUGCAAAAGUUGAUAACAUUCGAAACAAAGCCAACGUCCACGCAGAGUUGUUCAACACCUUACAACGUCACAACGACGCUUCGCACUAAGGAUACAGAUUGGAAACCGUUUUAUCUAUUCAGGAUAUCGUUUUAUUACUAUUCCUUGAUCGGCAUUUGCGUCGUGUUUAUCGUAGGAUGGAUUGUCAGCUACUUUUCUAAAGCAGACGAGAAACAGGUCGAAAAAAAGCUAAUUUGUCCGUUGAUGCAUUGGGCGAUGUCGGAUGAUCUUCUUCCACCCACCUAUAGUGUUGUCAAAGAAAGUGUGGAAUUAACGGAAUAAAUCAUAGAUGAACAAUAAAUAAUAUUAGGUUUUC